AUGGGAAUUGCAGAAAAACUCUUUACUUUGGAAGGAAAAAUCGUCUUGAUCACCGGGGUUACCAACGGCAUUGGGUUCUCUAUGGCAGAAGCCCUUGCGGAAUUCAAGGCCAAACAAAUCAUUUUUGUUCAUAGACCUUCAACCGAUCCUAGCAAACUUAUUGCUGCUUUAAAACACGCUGCCCAAGAAAACCACCACCAAGAUCUAGUGGUUUCUACAAUUGCCCAAGACUUGUCGACUUUAAAGAUUUCGGAAAUUGAACCGUUGAUCUUCAACAAGGCCCUUGAGUUGUCGGAAACUGGCAAGAUCGACAUCUUGAUCAACAAUGCUGGGAUCAAUCAGUUCCAUAGCUUUGAAGAUUAUCCAGACUCGGAAUUUGACGAGGUGUUGCACGUCAACUUGAGAGUCCCACACAAGUUAACCCAAUUGGUGGGGGCCCACAUGAUUGAUAACAACAUCAAGGGGAAAAUUGUCUGUACUUGUUCGUUGUAUUCUUUUGAAGGUGGGCACGAUUGCUCGGCGUACACCGUUUCUAAAGGGGGCAUCCACUCGCUUGUCCAAGCCGCCAAUAAUGAAUGGGCAUCCAAGGGAAUCUGUGUCAAUGGGUUGGUCCCGGGGGUUAUUAAGACCAACAUGACCUCGGCAAUCUACGAGAAUCCCCAAAGAAACACAAAGAUGGAGCAACGGAUUCCUGCUGGUCAUUUGGGGGUUCCGGAUGAUUUCAAAGGUGCCAUCAUUUUCUUGGUGUCUAAUGCUUCCAAUUAUGUUACUGGGACCACAGUUACCGUUGACGGAGGUUAUAGAUCAUGGUAA